AUGGGGUCUGUAUCCAAGUUCACUAUCCUCCCAGAAUUCGAAGCCCAACUGCGCUAUGUCGAACCUGUCGAUCAGCGCUCUGAUGAAGAAAUUCUGGCCUCGUUAGAGCAGUACAAGCCCGUCACAUCCGAAAAGAACAUCUGGGCCUUCUGGGAUAAGGGUAUUGGCGCAAUGCCGGGUUGGUGCCAGCGUAAUGUUGUCAACUGGGUCCGACUUUGUGGGCCAUCAUGGGCAGUCCAUAUCCUCAACUCCGUACCAGGCUCUCCCACCAACGCCCUCAAAUAUGUCUCGGCCGACCUUCUCCCGCAGUCAUUCGUCACUGGCACGAUGACUGGGAUAUACACUGGCCCUCAUAGCUCUGAUUUCCUGCGAGGAGCAUGCUUAUAUUCUCACGGGGGAGUUUAUAUGGAUACCGGGAACAUCUUAAUUCGCGAUAUUGAUAGGAUAUGCUGGAAUAAGCUUGCGGAUCCCAGUUCGCCUUUUCAAGUCUGCGCCCCAAUUAUGUACGGGACGACCAUGGCAAAUCACUUCGUUGCGAGUCGCAAGGGCGACCCCUUUAUCAAAUGCUGGCACGAUCUGUUCGUCUACUUGUGGAAAGAUCGCCAAAAUCACGAAGGCUUGAUCCGUCAUCCUUUAGUCUCAUUUGCAUUGAUCCAUACCUUCGAGGCGGCGGAACAGGCGAAAUUCGCUUGGGAUUUCAAGGUGGAACCCCAAACAGUCAUGGAGUACAUCAGUCAGGUUCUAUCCUGGCAAAGACUUUGCAUGCUGGAAAAUGCCAGGGAUGGGUUCAAUGCGACCGAGUACUGGUUGAACAAGGUGCUCAUUUUCGACUCGCUGCAAGAAGACUGGGGAGCAGAAGCCACGAUUGGUUUCGGCGGCCCCGUGCUUUUCAACGCUCUGGCAACAAGACUCGAUGGGCCAAAGGACUCUGAGGAAUACAAGACGGCGAGCAAGUUAGUCUGGCGGCUUCUGACAGAGUCCUCCCUGCAGAAAAUCACUCAUGGGAAGAAUCUGACCACGACGCCUGCAGCUGGUGUGCUCUGGGAGGAGCCAGGCAACGAAGACAAGGACCAUGAGCCAGGUACUUUUGCCGAGCUACUCCGGUACGGAACCGUUCACUUCCAACAGACAAGAGAAAGCAUCCGGUAUCUGAAGGCUGAAAAACCACAAGUGACGAUGAAGAAGGGACUUCUCGAGCCUUGA